AUGGCGUUGAAAGCCACAGCCAACAACGACAGCAGCAGUAACAUAAGUGAAAAUUUGGACAGAAAAUUCUUAGUAACUAGAAGAAAACUCAUGGACAACAUCAGAGAUAUUAGGUAUUACCUGACAUCUCAUCUCCCCAAAUUAGUGAAUAGGUUGCUGGGUUUUACUAAUGCUUCUGAAGAACUUGAUAGUACUGUGGAUGAUUUUUUAGAAAAUUUGGAAGAGAGAUUUAACUACAUGGAAUAUUUAGAUGCAAUUUCCUCCAAUGACGAGCAGAUUAGAACAAUGUUCAACCUAUCUAAAGCGAUCCAAAAAAGAUUGCAGAAAUUAAAUGACCCAAAAGAUUGCAAUGCAACGAGAUAUCUCGGGUGCGCGAUAAAUCUUAAUUGUGGUUUUGGCUGCCAGAUGCAUCACAUCACAUACUGCCUAAUUGCUGCCUAUGCUAGUGGCAGAGUGCUUAUUAUGGAUUCGAACUGUUAA